GCUUCAUCACGCCUUCCCUCGCGUCUGUCCAUUCCCACAUGAGGCCGGCGGCUUCAAGGCCUCCACCGCCGCUCCCUUGGAGGCCAGCGCCGAGGCGAUGAGGUCGCGGAUCGACGAGGCCCCGGAUAAGGCCUCCACGAGCCUGGAGCAGUUCAAGUAUGCCAUGUGGACAGACAAGGAGCAACUGGUGGACGCCAAUAAGCACCAGGUGCAGUCUGGGGGCCGCGUUUAUGUCUCCAUCAUCAUGUUUGCCGGCGUGGUGAUCGGAACCAUCUCCUCGCUGGCGAAGAUGGCCCCUCCAGCAGCCAGGAAGGUGGACUAG